CUGGUGAGAAUUUGUUGUGGCAGAACUGGAACUUCCCGAUAUUUCUGAUGAACAACGAGAACACAACGGAGAACCUGUACUCCUGCUUUUUAGAACACAACAGUGGAGAUGAUGUCUCCUGGCCCCUGUGUGCUGUGGAACUAAGUUCACCAAUGUAUGCAGCGAAGGAUUCCGAGACAUGUUGGAGACGGAGUAAUAUAGCAAACACACUCACACCUCAACAAUACUGUGAUCCACUUAGUGAUAAUAAUAUUUUCUACUUCACAACCCCCCGGAACCGAACUCUGCCAGAUAACUCCACAAAAACACAAAGUGCUGACAGUGUGAUACUGGUUGUGGCCAGAUUGGAUGCUUUAAAUAUAUUCGACAAGGAAGAGGUUGGAUUUGACAGUCCCUCUACGGGAAUAGUUACACUUAUUUCUGCAGCUAAAGCAGUCUCUAGGGAACUCAGGAAAAGGGAGUACAAGAACCAAGUUGAAAACGUCCUGUUCCUUCUUGUUCACGGAGAAUCCUUUGAUUAUAUUGGUUCUACCAGGGCUGUCUACGAUAUGAUGAGUGAUUCGUUUCCGUUUAAUCUCACCGAGGACCUUAAGUCUGGAAAGAUGUUCAGUAACGGAACUCAACCUCUGCUAUCAAUAGAGAAUAUUCGAGUUAUCAUAGAGUUGGGACAAUUAUCCAACAGAAUAUCUAAUGAUGUGUGGGCACACACUGCUAAUCUAGGAUCAUAUAUUGAGGAUGCGCUUAGAGUUUUGAGGAAAACUGUUUCUGUGAAAACAUCAACCGGAAAAUAUCUGCCACCGGCGUCAUCUCAGUCCUUCCUUAAGGAGAGAGAAACUAUCCCUGUUUUAAUGCUAACCAACUACAACCAACAGUUCUCCAACAGCUACUACCACAGUAUCUACGACAAUGCUGUUGUUAACAACUACAACUACAGCCUAGGUGAACAGCAAGCUGUUGUUCAGCAUUUAUCUAGUCUUGGAGCCGCUGUUGCUUCAGCUGUUGUGUUUUUAGCAGCAGCAGAAGAGAUUGUUGUUGAAAAAGAUGAUAAGUUUGUAAAUGAGCUGCUCCACUGCUAUACUGAGACAGCCAACUGCUCUCUGUUCAAGGAAGCGAGCUCUUUAAAUGGAUAUCCUUGGACUGGAGUAGUUCAGGACUUCCCCUUUCCUCAGUACAUAAGUGUUCAUACCUCCUACCAUACUCUUCUAACAACACAGAUUCUGCAGUACAGCACAGGAGAGAUUGUACAAGAUACUCGGGAGAAGGAUUGUUCGGAAGAAACUCCUCCAAACCUAGAAGAAGAAAAAAUCAAGUCAGUUUAUCAAUCUUGUAUUCUUCUUUUUUUAAUGAGACAAUCUAUCACACAAUGAAAUUUAUUCAUUGAU